GCGGCAGGGUGAGCGCGUCCGUCCGUCCCGUAACGGGAUCGACAGCGAAGUCAGUCCUUCGUUUUCCGAGUGGUCUGAGUGUCUAGGAGCGGACUCUGUUCGGUAAAUGGUUACUUGCAGAGCCUGCGUUUAGCGUCAUUUUUAAGGAGGUGAAUCGGAAGAGGAUGGGGAAAACUGUAAAUCUGCAAUUAACGAAAAUGUUAUAAAUACAUUCUAGGAAAGACGAAAGAUCUGAAGGCUUAACCCCAGUUCUUUCUCCACAGAGCGCCUUGGCCUGAGUGUUUGUAGUAUCUUCUCUUUUACAAAGGUGCUCAUACAGACUGCAUUCAAAGCAUGGAAAGUGGAGCGAUGUACAUGAAAGGAUCCAACAUUGGUUUAGAAUUUUCUGAUAAAAUGAAGGAGCGAAGGAAUGGUAUGCUGAAAAAGACAAAAUACAAUGCUCUCCUGACCUCUAAAAUUAAGACCAAGAUUCUAAACAGUUCAUCCAUGAUGAAAAUCUCACUUAAAAAUAACAACAAAGCUCUGGCAAUAGCUCUUGCUAAAGAAAAACAAAAAUAUAGAGUGCUUGAGCAAGAAAACGUAAUGCUUCAAAAAGAAAUGUGCUCUCAGAGUUAUGACAUUGUUAUGCUACAGCAAAGACUGACUACUCAGAAUGCAAAAAUUUCAGUCUUGGAAGAAUACUUGAUGAAGAUAAAAAGCUGUUUCUCAGAUGCUACAAAUCACCUGUCAACUGCGAUCAGUAUCUGCAAAUGUGAUCGUCAAGAACAUCAGUUGAAUGGUUUAUGUGAAGGAAGCAGUACUGUAAGUCGGGGUUACAGCUCUAGCUUAAAUACUCAGUUACCAUCAGGAAUCCCACAAAAUCUUGAAAUUCAUCAAAGUGGUGGCAUUAAGAGGAACUUUGCUUCUGUUAAUGAAGCUGCAAACAUGCCAUUGGAAAAUGCUGAAUCUUCAGUCUGUGCUCCUCCAUCUCAAACGUUUAACCUGAGUUUCCAAGAAAAUUUUUCCUUAGAAAACUUAAAUAUGGGAAAUGGACAACAGCCUAUUCAAGAUGGUGUUUCAAGUCAUCCUAUGGUUCUCUACAAUUUCAAAACGUCAACAACUGAUACUCAUGGUCAUCUGGCAUCAUUUGUUCAGCAAAACCCUGCAGCAGAGCUGAGUGGGGCUGCAUAUGCAAAUCAAAAUAUCACACUAAGAAGAAAAGAUUCACAUUCUCAACAUUCUAAAAUGUCCAUGGAAGUAAUCAAGAAAAGCAACACAUCUCAGGCUAAAGAAUCCUUAUCAAGGAAUUCUGUAUCCAGUGAGAGCUUGGAGUUCAGCAGGACAAGUUUGCCCAUGUUAGAAGCCGUAACUAUACCAGAACAGUCUGCUUCACAAGUUUCUGACAUGAAAACAUGUGCUGCCGAUGAGUUCAUGGAGGAACAGUCAGUUGAGCUACAGAAACUGGAGGAGAUGGCCUUUGAUGCAGAAAUGGAUCUAAUAGCUGAUGAUGUAGCAGAAAUUUUUACUGUUGCAACCAAAUCCACAAAAGGCAGAUUUAAAACACCAGAAGGAAAUCUGGAAAUUGAAACACAACCUGAUAGUGUGGAAUCUCUGCAAAAAGUAAAACGAUCCAAAGGAAAAAAAUCCAGAGCUAAAGGCAGUUGUAAUACAAAUCCUCUUGUGUGUGAAAAGGAGCCAAAAAAUUGUUUCCAGACACUUUCGAAUUUGGACCAAGCAUUUGAAAAUAUUAAUGAGGUGUCCAAUAUUGGACUGAGUAAUUGGUCAGUAGAUAAAGAGAACAUCCAUAAAAGUAGUGCUGAGAAAUAUAGCCAGGUUGUAAAUAGUUUGCCAGCUAAUAUAAAGAAAAAUGUUGAGGAAACACCGCUUGCGAUUCAAAAAGGGAAGAAGAGUGUUGAAGGAUGUUUAUCCAAUAUAAUGGUACCGUUGAAUAGGAGUGAUUAUAAUGAACUGAAGGUAAAUGAAAAUCCAGAUGAUGCACAAGAAAGCAAUGUAAUUUCAAACGCUUGUCAAGAAACCCAUGCUAAUCUGAAAGGAAAGAUUGCCCCAAAAACAUCUAAGACAAAAAAGCACAAAAACAUCAAGGAAGGGAAAUCUAAGCAACUUGCGCAUCAAAAUAGAGAACCUGAAACUGAGGAGAUGGAUGGUGAUGGCUAUGGUAAUGUAUGUAACAGGAAAGCUGGCCAAAAGACUCUUGUGGUGACAGAAGAGCAUGUGACUAUAAAAGAGAACCAGUCUAAAUCAACUGGUCAGGAGAAAUUUGAAAAGCAACAAGUGAUGGCAAUAGGCUCACAAUGUCCAGAAGUGAGAAGUGGUGCCUCCGAAGAAAAUACUGUCAGUAAAGGCAAGGCUAAAGGUGGUACAUCUGUGUAUAAACAAGGCAACACCAUGAAAGAAUGCUCAGUAAUAUGUCAGAAUGAUACCAAACGUGAAUUGCACAUGGCAGAGGGUACAAGUUGUAGAAAAGUUGACACUGCAUUUGAAGCAUGCCAAGUGUUUGAAAUGCACAAAAAUUCACCUACCCUACAGAAAUAUAUACAGCCACCUGAAAUGGUACCAGAUAAAUGUGUGGGGGUAGAUAACGUAAGUUGUGAAGUCUCUCACAAAGAAAUUAGCAAUAAAAGGUACAAGGAAAAUAGAAAAACCUUUAUAAUACGUAAAUGGCAUAAUACCAUUAAAGACAGUUCCUCUGAAGUAAUUAACAAUGAAUGUGGACAACAGGCCAUAAAAGCUGAAAACGUGCCAAAUUCAAAAGAUAGCAUUGAAGCUACCAAUGUGUUACAAGAGAAUAUGAAGGAAAUCUCAGAUAAAAGAACAUUGCUAACAUACCAAAUGCAUGACAAUGUUGAAAAUUCAUCAAGCCAACCUGAGAAAAAGCAAAAAAAAGAACAGUAUCCAGUGGCAAUUAACCAGUGCUUGAAUAGUCUGGUGAAGAGGAAUCAAAAAUGUUGCAAAUCAAAAACAACUCUGGAAAACCCUAAUAAAAAAGAGGGGCUGGUUGAAACAACUGUUUUUUGUAAAAGCAUUAAAUGCCCAAUCCAUUCAACAGUGCUGGAGAAAAAUGCAGGGUAUUAUAAAGUGAAUAAUGAACCAGGAUUGUGUGAGGAGAUCAACUGUAUGAAUUCAAAAAAUGAUCAGAUGGCUCUUUCAAAAAAUGGAAACAAUUUUGAAGAGAAAACCUGCAUUAAUGGUUCUAAUCACUCUGACCAGCAACUGUUCAGCGUGGAUAAUACUGGAGUGGAUCUUGCAGCAACACAAUUUUCAGAAGUUUUAGAAAAGAAAGAAUAUAAAGUUCUCAAAGAUGUGUCAAACUUAACUCCCAGCAAAUUUAACCGUCAGUCACAACUUUCAGAAGGAAAACAAGGACUUGUGUGUUUACGCAGCAAACGCCAGGCCACUGCAGUAGCAAACUACAGAGAGCCAACCCUCAAUAGGAAACUGCGUCGAGGGGAUGAUUUCACAGAUACAAAAUUUCUACAUUCACCUGUAUAUAAAAGUGGACAGAAAGACAAGUGCCGAAUACCAAAAAGUCACAAUUAGGUACAUGAGGCGGAGAGAAACAACUUGUAUUUUAUUUUCUUUGGUUUUAUAAUCUUCUAAACUUCCUAAAAUGGCAGUUGAAGUAAUACUUAGAUGUCAACUGCUAAGAUAUCAGAACUGAAUAGCUGUUUUGAUAUUUCAGUAUUACUUUAGGUUUGAUUAUGUAGGUAAAGAUUUUGUAACUAGGUUAAUGUACUUGUGUAAAUAUUAAGACUGUUGCAAAAAUGCUAAUACCAGCACUACCAUUGUUACUAUGUAAUGGAUGGAGUACAACUCAAGCAUCCUACUUGUACAGAUAGUUAUUCUACCUAGUUUUGUGCAGAAUUAAUGCAGCAGAGCUCACCUAAGUAUGUGCUGGAAAGCUAAGCCUUAUUGUACUAAGAUUGUGACAACCUACAUAUCUGAGGUCGCUGUGAUCAGUUUGCACCUUGCAGGAAGAGGCAAUCCUUGAAUAGGUGACAAUGCAGUGGAGAACCUAGUUCAACAAUAGUUUUGUAUAUAGAAUGGGUUCUGCUUUGUUGCUGUAGCUCAUGUAAUUAGUUUUGUGUAGAUUGGGUAAACUUGUUAAAUGUAUGUUAGCCAUUUUCUGUUCAUUCUCUGAGUUCAGUUGAUAUACUGUGCAUUGUCACGGAUUUCUAAGUAUACUUGUCUUAAGUUUUGUAUUGCAUUGAACUUGACAGUUGAACCUGAAUAAAUACUUGAG